CCUUGUCCAUGGCCCAGACCGGUUUUUCUUCUCCUGGAAAACAAAUUACCAUUCCAUAAUCUCUCCUCUCGUGAAGAAGAAGAAUUUUACGAAUAUUUUCAAAAAUCCUUCAUACACCACGAAGACCAUGUCGAAACCAAUUUUGUACAACUACUUUCGCAGCAGUUCUUCUUGGAGGGUGAGAAUUGUCCUCGCCCACAAAGGGAUCGAUUACGAGUACAAAGCUAUCAAUUUGUUGAAGAAGGAGCAGUUAACUGAAGAGUACAGGAAAAUAUGCCCCAUGCAACAAGUUCCAGCGUUGGAAGUUGAUGGGAAAAUCAUUACUCAAUCCAUGGCAAUUAUGGAUUUUUUGGAGGAUUUGUACCCAGAAAUUCCAAUGAUUCCGAAAGAUCGCUUCGGCAAGGCGAAGGUGAAAGAGAUCAGCGACAUAAUAAACUCGGGAAUCCAACCGCUCCAGAAUUUGUCGGUAAUUUUGAAAUUUAGUUCAGUCCCAGAUGAAAGAACGGAAUGGGCCAGAUUUUGGAUUGCAAAGGGAUUGGAUGCCCUCGAAAUCAUCUUAUCUGAAACGAAGGGAAAAUAUUGUGUCGGAGAUCAGAUUACAAUUGCAGACGCGUGUCUUUACCCACAAAUCGCGGCGGCGGAGAGAUUCAAAGUGGAAAUGGAAAAGUAUCCAAUUGUGAAUGAAAUUUAUCAAAAUUUGGGUGAAUUGCCAGCAUUUAAAGCUGCGCAUGCUUUCGUUCAACCCGAUUGUCCAGAGGAUUUGAGGGUUAAAUAAGGGUGGUUUUUUGUAAUUUUAUUGAUCCAUAAGAUAAUUAUUAUCUUAUGAAUUUGGCUGUAAUGAUAAAUAAUUGUUAAAUAAAUAAAUUGCUUGGGAGUCCCUUGCAUUUUCAUACACUAGUAAA